AUGGUUGGAGUGGCGGGUAAGUCGAAAGGAUGCAAUACGUGUCGGAAGAGAAAGAUCGCAUGUGACCAGCAGAAGCCGGUCUGUGCAAAAUGCAUACGCUCGAACCGACAAUGUGGCGGGUACCAAAAAGAAACUGUGUUUGUUCUCGUUCAACCAGCAGCCGAAAGGAAACAUCAAUUUAUCAGAAGCACCUCUAUGUCUCCAUUCAGCUCACCUGGGGAUAGAGAUGUGGACUGGAAGAGCUCCAGUCCAGCUACUGUAGCUCUUAGCAAUGACUCCCCGCAUUCCUUCACGGAGACAAGCUUCGCCUAUGACUUGAUCCACAAGAGCAUGGAAUCGCACAACUUGUUUCAAGCCUUCAUUCUGAACUGCUUUCCAACCCAUUUAUUGCCGACCCCCCAGUGUUGGAUUCCCCUACUUGGGGAACUAUCCAGUCGAGUUGAAGCAUUGGAAAUGUCCACAGCAGCAAUCGCCGCCUCCGCGAUUGGGCGUAUGUUCCACGACGACAAUUUGAUAAAACAAGGCUUGACUUACUAUACGCGCGGACUCAAUCAGCUACAGAAGGCAUUACGAAACCCUGAUCUCAUGCGAGAAGACGGAACCCUGGCCGCAUGCAUGGCACUCAGUCUUUACGAGGCACUUGAAUGUCCCAAUUCCGGAUCCGAAGGUUACUUCAACCACUGUCAUGGCUUGGUUGCUUUGGUUAAAGCCCGAGGCCAGUAUCUGCAUUCCUCAAGUGUCGGACAUCGGUUAUUUCUCGGCGUUCGAGUCCCAGGAGUAAGUCUCAAUUCCCGGAAAUCUGGAACGUCACUGACCGGGCCAUUGAAGAUACUCUUUGCUUUGAAUCAUCAGCAGCCGAACAUACUACUGGAGUCAAGUUGGAUAGAACAACCCUGGACAGGAUUGACCAAGACGCCCCAUGACCGGGUCACAGAUUGCUUGGCUAAAGCCCCUGCGAUACUGGAACGCGUACGAUCAUUUAUGAACAUGAAUCCAAUACAACAGAUUGGUACCCUUCGUGAAAUUAUCGGUGAAUGUUGGCGCAUUGAUGAGCAGAUGGAUGAUAUUUACGACUGCAUGCGACUGUCCGCAGCAGGCGCGCUAUACUGGCCAGUGCCAUCGCAAACAGAUUACUCGACGCAUGCCGAGAGCUCUGAAAUCUUAUUUCCAGUCGUCUUUUGCUUUUUGAACGCCCAGACUGCUGCUACAUUGAUGCUAUUAUGGGCAACGCGGACAAUGUUAUGGUCAGGCCUCACAAACAUGUACCAGCAUCUACAAGCCAUUACAGCCGCUCAGCAGCUUGAUGUGACCCCAGAAGGCAACGAACUUCGAUCCAUUGAUCGUUGCGGGGAUUACCUUUCUGUGGCCGAUCAGGUCUGCCAAUCCGUGGAGUAUUUCCUGAGUGAUGAAAUGCUGCUAUCUGGACCUCUAUCUGUGAGUCCGGCACUGGGCAUUGUCGUAGACAGCCUACGGCAACGACCUGGGCAUACCCGAGAGAUCGCUUGGAUACAAGGUGCUCUGGAAUUCGCCCGGCAGAAGGGAUUGCGGGUACUGGAACAUGCGAAAAUAUGA